CCCUUCAUCUCCGUCCGUCUUCUCUGCAGCAUCAUGGCACCGAAGAAAGUGGAACCAAAGAAGACAGAGGUGAAGAAGGUGGAGGCGAAGAAGGAAGAGCCUCCUCUACCAGCCAAACCUGCAGAGCCGGAAUCCAAACCUCCCGAGGUGGACCUGAAGAGCAUUGUGGUGGAGUUCACCCCCGACCAGAUCGAAGAGUUCAGAGACGCCUUCACGCUGUUUGACGAGACGCCCGCGGGCGAGAUGAAGAUCACCUUCGCUCAGUGCGGAGACGUGAUGCGGGCCCUCGGCCACAACCCCACCAACGACGAGGUGCUAAAGCUGCUGGGGAGGCCGAAGGCGGAGGAGCUGAACGUCAAGCUGCUGGACUUUGAUGCCUUCCUGCCAAUGCUGCAGCACGUGGCCCGGUCCAAAGAGCAGGGCACCUUUGAGGACUUCGUGGAGGGUCUGAGGGUGUUCGACAAGGAGGGCAACGGCACGGUGAUGGGGGCCGAGCUCCGCCACGUCCUGUCCACGCUGGGGGAGAAGAUGACGGAGAACGAGGUGGACCGGCUGAUGGUGGGGCAAGAGGACGCCAACGGACUCAUUAACUACUCCGAGUUCGUCAAACACAUCCUGGCCGGGUAGAAACCACCGCUGGGUUCUUCUGAUGGACUGGGGUUCUGUCUGUCCCUGAUGGACUGGGGUUCUGUCGGUCCAUGAUGUCUCUGUAUGUUUCCUUUCUGUCUCUCUAAUAAAACAUCUUCAGUCUGUUUCUCAGUAUUUAAAUAAUAUAAAGUAAGAAAGCUUUAUUAUUUUUAGUAGUAUGAAGGUAUUUUUUUGUGCAUACAUGUAUUUAGUAACAGGAGGAUAUGUUAAAAUGUACUACGGGCAGAUAUUAAAAGAAACAUGAAUUAAAUACAGGAUUUUUAUAAUUGAAAAUGUAUUAUUAGAGACAAACAUUAAAUAAUUUCUCUCUUUGUUGAUGGACACAAUAUGACAGAUGUGUCUGAAAAAUGAAUUAAUAAAACCAUUCAGCCAGUUCAACUAACUGGUUGUUAAAAAAAUGAGAAGACAAAAA